ACAAAGCGGCCUCUGCUCCCUGGAUUGCCAACUACAGCUUUGAACCGCGAGGCUAUCCUGUGGGAACUCAGUAUCACGAAAUGCUCAUCUAGAACACUGCUAUCAUGUCGAGCGGUCCUUGGACGCCUGAGCGCAGUUUUCCGGGCGCUCAAGCGGGCGGCAUACGACGUUCCUUUACAGUCCCGGCGAAACUGGAAACAUCCCGAUCGGCAAAUGCUCCGUCUUCUCCAGGAACGGAGAAUAUAGAGACAUUGUUCACUCAUUCCUUUGCACGCGUCGUAUCCUUUACAUCUCAAACCCCUACCGCAAGCGCAGACAGACGCUCCUCCCUUCCUUCUACAAGCCAUGCUGGACAAAGCAUGCCAUGGGGCUCUCCCACCGAGCGCACCAUGGCUGCAGGUCCCGUAAAGAUGUACCGUGUUCCCAACUCUGUCUCGUUCCUGAAUUCCGGAAACUUCCUCCACCCAAUCCUUCCUAAGUCUCAAUGCUGGUGUGUGGACGAUCAAGGAAAAUUUGUCUUGAAGGCUAGAGGUAACAACUACUAUCGCAUUGAACUGGCAUACCAGACAGAAGAAGAUAAAGGUGUUAUCGAGGACUUCAAGACAACCUUGAGCAAGGUCCUACAAUUUGAAAAGACACCAUGUCCAUUUCGAGGAAACUAUGUUGAAGACACCGUAGAGACUCCUCUGCAUUCACGGAAGCCACGGCGCGAUACGCUGGAGCGGGCGAAGAAGUGGAAGUUCGAUAGGAGGUGGAAACCUGAAGGAGCCGAGAGUGUGCCAUCUGAUGUCUCGGAAGAGAGUGGGCCUUCGGCAUCUGAGGAAGAUGAUACUGCUAGCAUUGUAUCGAGCUCCCACGAGGAAAUGUCACGAUCGCGUGGCGUAAGUCCGGACGUACGUGGAAGAAGUCCAGCAACGAUCAUAGACACUUCGGGCCCGGGAAUCGCGGAGCGAACGAAACGAUUACUGGGUAACAGGGCACUUACAGGAGUAUUGCAGAGCCCUACUGCAUCAUACUUACCAUCUGCUGUUCCAGAUACUGUGAUUGUUACCCCGAAAGUCAAGCUCAUACCAGACGUUGAUGCAUCCGCCUCUAGUUCAUUCGUAUUCCCUUCUGCCAACGCUUCACCGAGUAAUGACGUCUCUGCUGCAAGACAACAAUUGAUAGAACAGCUCAGCUCUCCCGUGCCGGUGGAUUUCCGGUCUGAUCACAGCCCAGCCACAACCAGUCCCCAAGAGGCUCUAGCUAAAGAGCAACUUGAUGCACGAGAGGAAGCGACUACAAACCCAGAGGCCCGAUUAGAACCUCGAUUGAAUUCUCUAGAGACCCUAGAGGAAAAUCUCAGGUCGCCAGAAGCUUCAAACAUACUGACGCAUUCGACCAGCUUUGAUUCCUUCUACUCUCUCGCGAGUGGAGACCCUCACCCUCGCUCCCCGUCCAUUUUGGACUCGGAGUCCCUGUAUGAUGACCCACUACCCGAUACUGAGGCACUCGAUAUUCAACGGACACUCUCUCACAAACGUGGCAUAUCAGAAAUGACUAUCAUACCUACUGAGUUCAGCGGCCACGCAUCACCGAAGGGGGCCGCUCAAUCAUCUCCACCUAUCAUAAGGAUCGGGUCAGAGCCCACUACGCCUACGCUGAUGAGUGACACUGAAGACUCAUUCGAGCCUCCAUUACCUGACGUUCUUACACCCCCUGACGCUAUUCGGCUGCGAAAGCUGACAGGCGCUUCGCAACGACGUGCUUAUUCCCCUAUGCCACACCCAUCCAAUAUAAUCAGCACCAGCCGAUCAAGGAGCCAAACACGGUUAAUAGCAUCUACCAUCGUCCAAAAGACAUGUGCUCUAUUACUAAGCCCACCAUCGCACCUAGUUGAGCUGAUGUUCCGCAUUGCAGCGCGGAUAGCUGCGGGUUUUGGAGUUGGGACUUAUGACCUUGGACGCGCUUUUCGAAUACCAGGAUCUUGGGAGUCAGCAGAGGACGAGGAUGAAUACGGUGAAGACGAUUAUGGCAUACCGCUACAACCCAUAAUUAGCCACGAAAGCCGAGACGGUAGCAUGUCUUCCACAAACCGAAUGUGAUAGUACUGCGAUCGAACAAUGACUUGUAUCUUUUGCAUGUUUUGAGGCAAUAUGGAGUUGAGCAUUGAUACCAAGGGGCGCUGGCAUAUGAAUGCUUCGGGAAAGGGAGUUGGAUCAUCUUUUUGCAUGCUGGAGACUGGACAUGAUCAAUGAAGGAGUAAAGUGAUUAUUGACUAUUUUGAUGGAUGUCUACAUGGUAAACUUAGUUCAUCACACAUGCACUUUACAAACAGCCACACACUUUAAUGGCAUAGGCGCCUCCUUGUCCAUAUUCGCAUAGGAG